AAGACUUACAACAGCAGCAGCAACAGUAUCAUCACAACUGGUUUCAACUCCUAGGACAACUAAAUCAUCAUCUCUGCUUGAUGAUGAAAUAGUUCUGAACUGGGGUUUUGAUAAUUUGUGAUUCGAAAGUAACUAAAAUAGAGAGAAAAAUGAACAAGUAGAAAUUGGGUUUUGUAUUAUUGGGCUUUAAGAAGAAAUGACCGGUCCAGUAACAAAGGGUGAAAUUGACAGCAAUUUCUUCCCUACAAAAGAGAAGAUUCUGAUAUUUUGCGUUUGUCCUGCUAUCACUAAGAAAAUGAAUUCUACAGUUUCUUCUUCUGAUGAUGAUUCAAUUGGUGACCAUCAGGCAAAUUCUGUUGCUGCAACUGAGAAUUUAUCAUUAUCAUCAGCCUCAUCAUCAACAGCAACGGCAACCCUUUCUUCUGUUAUACAGGUAGGUAAUGAUAUUGAUUUGAUUACAGAAAUUUUAUUAUGUCUACCUGUAAAAUCACUGCUUAUAUUCAAAUCUGUGUCAAAACAAUGGUUGCAUCUCAUUACUGAUCGGCGCUUCGUUAUUAAGCAUGUAAGUCGUAACCGCAACCCUAAAAUCCAUGGCCUAUUCUUUGAAAAACUGAACCCCAAUUCUGAAAGUCUAUAUGAUUUUAUCCUUCUUGAUGGAAGUAGAAUUGAAGAGGAGGUGAUAUUUGGCACUAAUCCUGUUGUUUCUGCUGAGGGUGGCGGUGCUGCCCUCUUUAAAACUCUGAAUUUUGCAGAUUCUAAGCAAGUUGUUAAAUUUGAAAAUGGUGUCCACAUCAUUGAAAAGGGUGUCCGAAUCGCCCAGUCUUGUAAUGGUCUUGCAUUUAGGAGAUUGAGGUUUACAGAGGUGAGGAUAAACCUCGAAUUUAUACAACACAGACCUAUAUUUAUAAUCCAACCACAAGACAAUACAAAAUUCUUCCUCCGUCCCCUUUUAGAGAUGUGGUUCGGGAUGAUUGUUGUUUCAAGGUUUGUAGCAUCAGCUUAGCUUUUGAUCCAGUUAAGUCACCAGAUCAGUACCAAGUUAUCUGCAUUUGGAAUGAUGUUGAGAAAGGUUGGCUCUUGGUAUCUGGUGAUGAUGAAUUCCUUCGAAAUUUUUAUAUCGAAAUUUACUCCUCUAAGACGAAUUCCUGGAGGGAGGUCAUCUCUUCAUUUGUAAGUCCUUUAUAUGCGCUUCCUAGUAGUUUUCCAAGGUCCGGUGUCUACUGGAAUGGUUGUUUGCACUGGAUUGCAACUGAGCAAAAUGCAAUGCGAGAAUCGUCCUUGUAUUUUGAUAUUGCAGAAGAAGUAGUAAAACCAUCUUCGUUUCCAACCACGCCUGAUGAUGAUAAGUCGAAUGCUGUGUAUUUCAGGGAAUGCGGGGGUCAUUUGUAUAUUAUUGAGGUUCUUGCAUCAUGUUAUACUAAUUACAAUAUUUCGAAGAUGGAGACUGAUUAUUCAGGGUGGAAACUAAUGUACAAGCUCGACAUAGAAAGAUUUAUAAAUGCAUAUCCAGGGUUCUAUUCUCAUGCUUCUGAUGAUAAGACUCUUGUGCUUUCUAGAAUGGUACUGCUCCUAGUGGAAUAUGAAGAAGAAUCAUUCUCAAAGCUGGUGGUGCUCGUAGAUGGGUCAUAUCUUACAAGCUUAACGAUCUGAGCGUUACAGAAAUCCAUACUUUUACCGAGAUUAGUUAUCCUACAGCAGCUCGAAUGGGGGGAUUAUGGGGUUUCCUUCAUCAUUACAUUGAGUCGCUUGCUUGUGUUUGAUGCAAAACAUCAUCAGUUGUGAAUUCCAAAGAGAAGCUGGUCAAUUUGAUUGUUUUGUUUACUAGAUUAGUUGAUCCAAGUCUGUUGUUUGUAUUCGCACCAUUGUAUUAAUCAGAAAAGUCAAGGGAAGUUUCAAGCUGGACUUUUGAACCAUUGUGUUCAAAUUAAAGCUUUUGAAUUAUGUUCUGUUAUUAGUUAUUGAAUUUCCUUCUAUGUUUUGUGCUAUUUGAGCUUCUU